AAUCUUAUACAUGCCAGCAUUUAUAUGCUUUUGUACUCGUUGCUAAAAUGACAGUGUUGGAAAAUGUUCUAAUGGUGAACACGAAUCAGCGGAUAAAGAAGAAGAUCCAGUCGACGACGCUCGUAAACACAAGAGUUUGACAGUCAUCGUUUUGGGGCAACAAGAACAAGUGGCAGCUGGAAGCUUUUAGACAAAAAAAAUAAAGCAACUGAAAGAAAAAAGAGGAAAAAUGUCUUCAUCAGCCAUAUUUGUGCUGGACGUGAAGGGCAAGGUGUUGAUAUCCCGUAAUUAUCGCGGCGACAACAUUGACAUGGCUGUAAUCGAUAAAUUCAUGCCACUGCUCAUGGAACGCGAAGAGGAAGGUCUCGUCACGCCCAUUCUGCAGACUUCAGAGACCACCUUUGCCUAUAUAAAGACAAAUAAUUUGUAUAUUGUGUCUACGACGCCACGUAAUAAGAAUGUGAAUAUUGCCCUUGUCUUUGUAUUUCUGCACAAAAUCGCACAGGUGUUUGUGGAGUAUUUCAAGGAGCUGGAGGAGGAAUCCAUCCGAGAUAAUUUUGUUAUCAUAUACGAGUUGCUCGACGAACUCAUUGACUUUGGCUAUCCACAAACGACGGACUCCAAAAUACUGCAGGAGUAUAUAACGCAAGAGGGUCACAAAUUAGAGCUGCAGCCGCGCAUACCCGUAGCUGUAACAAAUGCCGUCUCCUGGCGCUCGGAGGGCAUCAAGUAUCGCAAAAAUGAGGUUUUCCUUGAUGUCAUCGAGUCGGUCAAUCUGCUUGCCAAUGCAAAUGGCAAUGUGCUGCGCAGCGAAAUCGUUGGCGCCAUUAAAAUGCGCGUCUAUUUGUCUGGCAUGCCAGAGCUGCGUUUGGGCCUCAACGAUAAGGUGCUCUUCGAGAGCACUGGGCGUGGCAAAUCCAAGUCCGUGGAGCUGGAGGAUGUCAAAUUUCAUCAGUGCGUGCGACUGUCGCGAUUCGAAAAUGAUCGCACAAUCUCGUUUAUACCACCGGAUGGCGAAUUCGAGCUGAUGUCCUAUCGCCUCAACACGCAUGUCAAGCCACUGAUCUGGAUUGAAUCGGUCAUUGAGCGGCAUGCACACUCGCGCGUCGAGUACAUGAUUAAGGCAAAAUCUCAAUUUAAGCGCAGAUCAACGGCCAAUAAUGUGGAAAUUGUUAUACCCGUGCCCGCAGAUGCGGAUUCACCCAAAUUCAAAACAACCAUUGGCAGCUGCAAAUAUGCUCCAGAGCAGAAUGCCAUUAUAUGGACAGUCAAAUCGUUUCCAGGCGGCAAGGAGUAUUUAAUGCGUGCACACUUUGGCCUGCCCAGCGUGGAGAGCGAGGAUAAUACCGAAGGCAAGCCACCGAUACAGGUGCGCUUCGAGAUACCCUAUUUCACAACGUCGGGCAUACAGGUGCGCUAUCUGAAGAUCAUUGAGAAGAGCGGCUACCAGGCAUUGCCCUGGGUGCGUUAUAUCACUCAGAACGGCGAUUAUCAGCUGCGUACCAACUAAUCCGUGCCCACACACACACACACACACGCACACACACA